UUUCCUUCUGGGCCUCUCGAGGCCCAUACUCCUUUGAACUGUUGACCAGAAAAAAAAAGAAGGAAUCACGCUCAUCUUCAUUCUUCACCAUAGCUUUCACUGGAAUGUGAAACUCUGACCCAGAAAAAAAAAAAAAAUCUGCUCCGGAGUUAGGGUUCGCGAGUUUCGAUUGGCACCGCAACAAAUUUGUUGACAAAGAAAAAGAUUCGGUUGAGUUCCGAGGGUUUUCUGUAGCAAUUUGGUGACAGAUUGAUCGAUGGCCCGAGCACGCAAUCUAAUGGUUGCUGCGGGUUUAGUUGCUUUCGCUGCAGCAGGCAUGUCAUUUCCCUUCUACAUGGCUUCAUCAAGGAAGCCUGUUAUUGAUCCAACAAAGCCACUCCCACCACAAGCAACUUUUCGAGGGCCUUACAUCAACACAGGCUCGCGUGAUGUUGGUCCUGAUGUUGGUCCGCAGAAAAAAUGAAACAAGUUGAGUUUGAUCAAGGUCAUAUAUAUCUCGCUGUUUAAGAGAUUUUUUCUCACCUCAGUUUGGUGGAUUGUGAUUCUUAAGCACAAUCUUGGAACUGAGAAGGUUUGAGGAUGGGAGUUCUUUUCUGGAAGAGGUCACUUAAUCUGUAUGUAUUAGAUGAAUGAUGUUAUUUGUGAUGUCACUUGUAUCUGUCUCUUCUGUUUCCAAAAAGACAUGUAGUGUAUUGCAUGUCUCUAUGACCACAAUAACAACAACAUUUUUGUCUCGCUGGUUUAAGUUGGUUAUAUGGAUUACAAGAUACCAUUUAGUUCAGUUAAAGACUAAACGAGAUUCCUCUUAA